UAUAAUCGGCUCGGAAUCCGACCUUUCGAUUCAAGAUGGCGGAUAGUGAAGGACAAGCUUUUUCAGAAACCGAGACAAAAGAGGAUGAAGUAGAGCUUGAUUUGGAGAAAUGUGCUGCAGAAUUUGCGGAAUAUUGUCAAGUUGAUGUAAAGAAUGAGUCUAAAGUUAUGGAAGAUACCAUUGAGGAUAUGCUUGUUCGUUUGGAUGAGUUUUCUCACCUAGCUGACUCGAUACGCAAUGAUUCCUCGCAAUCCUUGAUAGAAAUUAUACCACAACUACAUGAAAGAUCUCAGGAACUUCCAACAAUCUUCAGAAAGAUUGACCAACUAGAGGCUUUUGUAAAUGCAGUCAAGAAAAAUGUGGAUGAAAUGGAAGAGAGUGUGUCAACAGCAGAAAGAGAACUUGGAAGUCAUAAAAUUCAAAAAGUUCUAAAAUCCAUACCAGGACUCAGACAGAUGACUCAGGGUCCUACAAAGCAAGAUAAAAACUUCUCAGACUGGAAAGCACCAGCUGUGUUCAAAACCACUGACUUUCUUGGUCAAGUGUCAACAGAGAAGCUUUCGGCCGAAGGUGACGUUUCUCAAGAAUCUGCAACGGGAAAUUCCUCACCUAACGAACCCGCAGAUGACAGCACAAGUCAUGAGACAGACAGAUGAAGACAGAACAAAAAAUCAUAAACAAAUUAGAAAGAAGUAAGAAUUUAUAUAUUGCCACUAAUGGAGAAUCGAGUUUUCACUUUUUAUCUGGUAGCCUACGGUGUGUUCUCUGUUCCUCUGGUGGAAAAAAAAAAUCACACAUCAGAAAAUCAUGUGUUAGUCCAGAGAAACAUUCUAAGUCGAUCAAGAAAUGGAGAACACGGGAUUGAUUCCUCCAAAUUAUAAAUCACAUCGUUACUGAGGUCUAUCGCCGUCUUUUGUAGGGUAAAUUUGACCCAAAUGUAAAAUUGAAAGUUAAAAUAGUAACGUAAGAAGUAAUUGAAUAAGGUAAUUGCAGUGGAAUAGAAGGCAUUUUCACUUACAAAUCACUGUGAGUUUGUAAAGAGAACAGUGGCAUCGAAACCAAGACAGUAUUUAAAAUACAUAGGAUGACGUCUAAUCUCAAGUGAGAAAUUGUAUUGAAAUAUUCUGCAAGGAUCAUUAUUGAAUUGCAGCAACAUCUCUAUCAAAACAAAGGGUUCUGUCCUCGUGUACCGGUUCACAAGAGCCAAUACAAAAGACCAAAC